AUGGGAUGUGAUGUGCGUCAUCACAAGUUGACGAUUCAUUUCUUUUCAUUCAUUAUCGAGAGAGAGAGAAAGGAGGAGGCAGAAUGUAAUAAACAUAUUCUACUUCAUUAUAAUAUUAUCCCUUUUAUUCUAUUAUAUGUCUAUCUAAUCUUUUUAUACUUUACUACUCCUUUUCCAAUUGAAUCAGCAACUGUCGGAGCUGAUAAUAGUACAACAACCGAAACUGUAGCAACUACAACAAAGAAUGAUACUACUACAACUUCUUCUUCUUCUGACGAAGAGAAAUCAGUAGAAUGGAGUGAACAUGACUUUUAUAUCUUCUUAAUAUGGAUUACAUUUGGACUUCAUAUCGUUUCAGAGUUGUUCAAACAUUGGUCUGUAGAAUAUCGUUGUUUUGUAUCAUUGGUUCCCGUUGCAAGUGUAUCUCAAGCCGAUCAUGUACGUGUUACUCCAUCGUCACACGUUGGAGCCAAGACACUUUGUGAUAUUGUGCACGAUGUCGAUCAAGCCACAAGUCAAGACAAAUCCUACUUUUACUUUCAAAAGAGAAAGUUUACCUAUGACGCCGACAAGAAGCAAUUUGUCAAGAUCAAAUUGGCCGUGCCAACAGAAGUCGAUGACAUUAUCCGAAUUCGUGGUUACGACACUCAAGAAUCAUUGACAAACUCGAUUCAACGUUUUGGAGGCAAUCGUUUCGAUAUUCCAAUCCCUGCCUUUUUGGAUCUCUACAAGGAACAAGCCAUGGCUCCAUUCUUUGUCUUUCAAGUAUUCUGUGUUUUACUUUGGAGUCUUGAAGAAUACGUUUACUAUUGUCUAUUCACUCUUUUCAUGUUACUUACUUUUGAAGCUACAGUUGUUAAACAAAGAUUAAGAAAUUUACAAUCAUUAAGAGAUAUGAGUAGUAAACCAUCAUAUCCAAUUUAUGUUUAUCGUUUAAAUCAAUGGAAACAAAUCGAUACUACUGAAAUCCUUCCAGGUGACGUUGUUUCGAUGGUCAGAGGAGAGACUGAAGCCAAAUCAGUUGCACCAUGUGAUCUCUUGCUCCUAAGUGGUGGUGUUGUAGUCAAUGAGGCCAUGUUGACUGGUGAAUCAACUCCACAUCACAAAGAAUCAAUUGCCGAACGUUCAAGUAAAAAUCCAUUAGAUUACAAGAAUGAUAAGAUUCAUAUUAUGUAUGGUGGUACUACCAUUGUUCAACAUACUCCAGCUGAAAAGACUCUAAAAAUUUCUAAACCACCUGAUAAAGGAUGUAUUGCAUAUGCAUUAAAGACAGGAUUUGAUACAAAUCAAGGAAGAUUAAUGAGAACUAUUUGGUUUUCAACUGAACGUGUUACAGCCAAUAACAAGGAAAGUUUCCUCUUUAUUAUUUUCUUGUUAAUCUUUGCCAUUGCAGCUUCGAUCUAUCUAUUUAUUAGAGGUAUUGAAGACAAUCAAAGAAGUAAAUAUAAACUCAUUCUUCAUUGUAUCAUGGUUAUUACAAGUGUUGUCCCACCCGAACUCCCAAUGGAGUUGUCACUUGCCGUCAACAACUCGCUCAUGUCACUUGUUCGUCUUGGUAUCUAUUGUACCGAACCAUUCCGUAUUCCAUUGGCUGGAAAGGUCGAUGUAUGUUGUUUCGACAAGACCGGUACCUUGACCACCGAUGAUUUAAUCCUUCAAGGUAUUGCAUUUGCCCCAAGAGACCAACCAACAACAAAGAAAUCAACCAAACAAGAUGAAAUUGAUAGUGAUGAAACAAGUUCGAGUUCAUCAACAGCAACAAUUGUUGAUCCAUUUUCAUUGAUUCCAGCUCAAGAUACAUCAGAAGUAGUUGGUUAUUUGUUGGCUGGUUGUCAUUCAUUGGUUUCAAUCGAUGGUAAAUUGGUUGGUGAUCCAAUGGAGACUGCUAGUUUGAAAUCGAUUCCAUACACUUGCAAGGGUGACAGCAGCUCACAUACCAAGAAAAAGGUUGUGAUUGAGAUUAUCAACCGUUACCACUUUACCUCUGAACUCAAGCGUAUGUCGACCAUUGCCAAUGUUAUUCGCGACGGCGGAAACAAGACUGGCAUCUAUGCCUUUGCAAAGGGUGCUCCAGAGAUUCUCAAGCCAAUGUUAAAGAACGUUCCAACUCAAUACGACGAUGUCUACAAAAAGUUCUCACGCCAAGGUUCACGUGUGCUAGCACUCGGAUACAAGGAAAUGGAUGCAGUCAAGCAUACCAACAUGCUCAAGGCCACGCCCAGAGAAGAGGUUGAGAGUGGUCUCGAGUUUGGAGGAUUCCUCAUCUUUGACUGCCCACUCAAGCCAGACUCCAAGGACGCCAUUGAAAGAUUAGCAUCGUCUGCACACCAGAUCGUCAUGAUUACCGGUGACAACAGUCUUACUGCCUGCCAUGUAGCCAAGCAACUUGCCAUUAUGAAUCCAUCCAAUCCUACGUUGAUUCUCACCAAAAAGGAGAACCAAGGUUACACAUGGGUAUCGGUUGAUGAAACGAUUGAAAAGCCAUUCCAAGGUGUUUCACCAACUCAUUUGUUGGAUCUCAGCCAACAACACAACCUUUGUGUCUCUGGACAGACUCUUGACUCCAUCCUCAACAACACGAUCGUUGAAAAAUACCUCUACUUGGUGCAAGUAUUUGCACGUGUCUCUCCGGAACAAAAGCAACUCAUUCUAGCCAACUUUAAGCAGUAUGAUCACCACACUUUGAUGGCUGGUGACGGUACCAACGACGUUGGUGCACUCAAGCAAGCUCACGUAGGUGUCGCUAUCCUCAACAAGGGAGAGAUGCCACCUCCCAGGCCAAUGCUCGGUGCACGUGACAUGAUUCGUCAACAACAACAACAGAUGCAACAGAUUCAACAACAACAACAAGGUCUCACCAGACAACAACAACUCGCAGAGAUGACUAAAAAACUGCAAGAAGAAAUGAAGGAACAAGAGAUCCAAAUGGUCAAGCUUGGUGAUGCUAGUAUUGCAGCACCAUUCACUUCAAAGAGUUCACGUGUCAUUCCAGUCACUCAUAUCAUCAGACAGGGACGUUGCACACUUGUUACCACCUUUCAAAUGUACAAGAUUCUUGCACUCAAUUCGUUGGUCUCUGCAUACAGUCUCUCCGUUCUCUAUUUGGAUGGUGUCAAACUAGGUGACACCCAAAUGACCUUGGGUGGUAUGCUCAUUGCUCUUUGUUUCCUCUUCAUCUCCACUUCGAAGCCAUUGGAAAAGCUUGCCAACAAGCGUCCAAACCCUAAUCUUUUCAGUCCAUACAUGAUGCUUUCGAUUUUGCUCCAGUUUGCUCUCCAUCUCGCCUGUCUCAUCUUUAUCGUUCGUGAAGCAGACAUUAGAACGUCAGAUGCCAACCGUCCAAAGAUUGACUCUACUUUUGAGCCAAACCUCGUCAACAGUGCCGUGUUCCUUAUCAGCAACGCCAUGCAGGUCGCUACCUUUGCCGUCAAUUACAAGGGUCAUCCAUUCAUGCAAAGUCUUCGUGAAAAUCGUCCACUCCUCUAUUGUUUGUCUGCUGUUUGGGGUCUAGGUGCUAUCCUUUCACUUGAAAUCAUGCCAGAUUUAAAUCAAUACAUGGAAUUAAUUCCUUUCCCUGAUGAUACUUUCCGUAAUUUAAUGUUUGGAACUAUUGUAGUUGAUUUAGUAGGAGCUUUCAUUAUUGAAAAAGUUUGUAGUACAAUCUUUUCUUCUUAA